AAACCGGAAGUACAUUUUUUAUCCACAUAUUAAUCAUCGUAUUUUAUCUAUUUUUAAACUUUUUACUCGUGAGAGAAGAUUACAGAAGCAUUAAUCACUGGGGAAUGACAUUCAGCUGUAGAUUAUUUUCUAGAAAAAGCUUGAAAUGUGCUAAGACAUAAGAUGGUGGAAAACAACGUAAAAUUAGGUCUUAAAGUUGACGAAGAGAAGGCUACUGAGGAAUUAAUUCAACGUUUAACGAAAUAUGAUGGACUAACAAAAAUUGAACGUAAUGUUGCCCAACAAUGUAUAAUGGCUAGAAAAUUGGACGUUGAUAGAGCUUUUAACUUAUAUCUGGAAUAUCAGGUAAUACUUAUUAACCUUUUAUAAUUCUUCUAACAGACAGAGUAUUGCAGAAAGUUCGUAAAUUAGAACAAUUAGAAAAAAUCGAUCCGUUAAAAGACGACUCUGUGCUGAAAGAGCUGACUACCGGCAAACUAACAAUAUUGCCUGAAAGAAGUGAAGACGGUUCUGUAGUUGGUUUAUUUACGGCUCGCCUACAUUAUCCGAAAGAAACAACCAGAACGGCAGUCAUUCAUGCAUUAGUUUAUCAGUUAGACGCUGCCAUGCGAUCUUUGGACGCUCAACGAAACGGUCUUAUUUUCAUAUAUGAUAUGACUUCAGCGAAAUUUCCAAAUUUCGAUUACGAUUUAAGCGUCAAGAUAUUAAUGAUUUUAAAGGGCUCCUUUCCUGCUCGAUUAAAAAAGAUAUUGAUUGUUAAAGCCCCAUUAUGGUUUCGGGCUCCUUUUAAAUUUCUGCGACUCUUCGUAAGGGAAAAACUACGAGAUCGAGUUCACACUGUUGAUAUAAAGGAUUUAAAUCAACACGUUCCAGUAAAUGCACUGCCCACUCGUUUGGGAGGUGAACAUACUAUUGAUCACAUGCAAUGGCUAAUGGAUUGCUUUAGAAUACAUUCUCCGGAAGCUGACGCUCUUUUAAUAAAUGAGAAAUUAGAAAAGUUUGGUGUCAGGACACCUUCAGUUAGCUCUGUUUCUUCAUUAACUGAAAAACAAUCCAAUGAAGAACUGGAGAAGGAUGAAUUAUUCGAAGAGGAUAGUAUUCAUACUGCCAAUAAAGAAGGAAUGUCGCCACGCGAACUGCUCGACCAUGUAAAUAAACUAAAAGAGGCUGGGCUUCAUGAGCAAUAUUCACAAAUAAGAAUGGAACGUAUGGAGGGGACUUUUGAAAUUUCCAAGCAGGCCGCUAACAUUUCAAAAAAUCGUUACACCGAUGUUCAUUGUCUAGAUUCCACAAGAGUUAAACUUAAAACAUGCAGCUAUGACGACGAUUAUAUAAAUGCUAAUUUUGUGGAUGGUUAUCUAAAAUCUGCUAUGUACAUAAGCACACAAGGACCUCUCAAUCAGACUUUUGGGCACUUUUGGAGAAUGAUCUGGGAACAAGGUAGUCAUGUGAUUGUAAUGACCACAAAAGUAGUUGAAAGGGGUAGAAUGAAAUGUGGUCAGUAUUGGCCCCUAUCUGGUUCUGUUGUUCAUGAUCAGUUUGAAAUACAAAAUGAAGAUGCUGAGAGAGAGAAAGACUUUUCAAUUACGAAGUUGAGGUUAAAGUAUCUGCCAAGUCAAGAAGAACGGCUGAUAACGCAUUUUCAAUUUACGUCUUGGCCUGAUUAUGGAACACCUCCGGCUGGUGCCUUUCUUAAUUUUAUGUAUCAAGUUCGAGCGGCUCAAGGAGAUAGUAGGAAACCUAUAGUUGUGCAUUGUUCUGCUGGAAUAGGACGAACUGGAACAUUUAUAUGUAUGGACAUCGGGACUAGCAAAUUAGAUCAUACCGGAUAUGUUGACGUUCGAGAGACUGUUAGAAGGAUACGAACUCAAAGAGCUCACUCUAUCCAAAUGCCUGAUCAAUAUGUUUUUUGUCACACGGCUCUUCUAUACUACGCGCAAACUAAAGGUUUGUUAAAAGAGCUUCGUCUAGAACUAUUUGAUGGACGCUCAGAUUCAGAUUGA